AUGGAAAUAGAAGAAAUCGAGGAAGACAAUGUUAUACAAACAGAUAAUCUAGAAGACAAUUUGCCACAUCUACCACCUAGAGUACCUAAAAGAGGUCGACCAAAGGGUAAAGACAAAACUGUAAUUGGUGUUCCAAAGAAGAGAAAACUAACAUCAAAAUUACUUCCUUUUGAGGGACUUCCAGUUAAUAUCAGGCAUUAUGAAAUGUUACGUUGGUUUGUAGAUGAUGGUAUUGCUAAAUCUGCUGUGUAUGAAAACAAACCUGUACAUGAAGAGGAUGUUGAAGUUGUUCCUGAAAGGGUAUCAAUUGCGGUUAUAGAUAAGUCAAUAGCAAUUGAGGAAAUAAAAUGUUAUUUAACUGAAGGAAGUUGGCUUGCUAUCCAGCAAGUCAUUAAAAUGAAAAAAUUGACACCUACUUGGAUCUGUCCCAUAUGUGCUAAAGAUGCUGCAACUAAAUCCAUUUGUUGUAACAGAUGUUUAGAGUGGUCACACUUUAUUUGUGUUAGAGUAAAUGCUAAUUUUAAAUCCAAACUAUGGUUUUGCAAAGUAACACAAAGUAACACAAAUUUAAAAAAUACGACUUAG